CUUGUCAUUCAUAAGAUUCAGUGGAGUUUCUUGGUGCUAGAUGAAGAGGAGGGGCUCUUCCUCUCCAGUCUUACACCUCACGCUGUGAGAUAUUCACUCGCAGGCUCCCCACACCAGUCAGUCUACCAAUUAACAGCCUCUGACCGUGCGAUUGGCAGCGGCAGCAGCCUGAGUACCAGACCUGACAGACACAAUAUUUUUCCCGGAGGUGAUGCCAGUGUGUUCCCGGCGCUGCAGGCUUCCUCCCCGGGGCGGACACUUCGCCACCCGCUGUGGUUUUAGGAGCACUUGGUGUCAGAGAGGCGCAUCCAACCGACCUCACUGCGCACGGAUUUCACUGACUGAUUUCUGCCAUGCAUCCGCAUUGGGGGAUUCUGGGUCAUCCAGCCUGCUAUUUUUGAUGUAUGAUCAUCUCACCAUGUUUUUUCCAGACAUAUUCACUGACAAAACAUCCUCUCACUGCUGGCAGCUGCGCGCAUUACCUGCCUGUGUCACAUCUUCACUGAUAUCCCUGCAUGCAAGCUGUGUUUUUUAGAUAGGCUAUUCAUCCCCACUAUUUUUAAGGCAUCAUCACCAUCAUCCCAACAGAGAAGCUUCUCCAAUGCUGGCUGCUGACAUCCCGCCAGCCGUCUUCAAAAAGCGUCAGCAUCGCGGGCUGAGCCGACAUGGAUAGUGGGAGCCGGGCUGCGACGGUCGGAGACGGUGCAGCCAAUUUCACAGCAGCAGCAGCCAACCUCUGGCUGGAUCUCCUGAACGCUUCCAGCCCGCCGACCCGGUGGGACAGCAGCCCGGCUGCCGAGGGGACCGGGCUGGGUGAGCAGCAGCAGCAGCGCCUCAUCCGAGAGCAAGCUUACCGGGACUUCACCACCACCCUCCAGGUUCUCAUCCUCAUAGGUUCGCUGCUCGGAAAUGCCACGGUGUUGUGGUGCACCUGCUGCACAAACGUCUUCAAAUCCGUGACCAACCGAUUUAUCAAGAACCUGGCGUGCUCGGGUAUCUGUGCCAGCCUGCUGUGCGUCCCCUUCGACGUGGCCCUGGGAGCCAGCCCUCGCUGCUGCUGGUGGCUUCACACUCUGCUGCUCUGCAAGACCAUCAAGUUCCUCCACAAGCUCUUCUGCUCCGUCACUGUGCUCAGUUUCAGUGCCAUCGCACUAGACAGAUAUUACUCUGUGCUGUACCCGUUAGAGAGGAAAAUCUCUGAUGCAAGAUCCCGCGAUCUGGUCAUCUACAUCUGGGUCCACGCGACGGUAGUGAGCCUUCCUGUGUUCGCUGUGACCAAUGUGACGGAUGUGUACGUCACCUCGUCCUGCUCCGACGACCACGCCCGCUCCCUGGGCCACAUGGUGUACGUGUUGAUCUACAAUGUCACCACGGUGAUCCUCCCCCUCGCGCUGGUUUUCCUCUUCAUGCUGCUGAUCCGCAGAGCACUCAGUGCCAGCCAGAAGAAGAAGGUCAUAAUCGCAGCGCUGCGGACUCCCCAGAACAGCAUCUCCAUCCCGUAUGUGUCCCAGAGAGAGGCUGAGCUGCAUGCCACUCUGCUGGCUGUGGUGCUGGCUUUCUCAGCCUGCAGCGCCCCCUAUGGAGCAUUGGUGGUGUAUCGCACCAUUCUGGCAGACACUAAAGAGCUCCCUGUGUCACUGUAUCUGACAGCACUCUGGCUCCCAAAGGUGUCCCUGCUCACAAACCCUCUUUUGUUUCUGACUGUUAACCGCUCAGCGCGUCACAGCUGGCUGGAACUGCUGGCCAGGAUUCACAGACGUUACAGCCGCCGUAACGUGGUCAGCACCGGGGGGCUGGCCUCGUUAGGAGCAGAGGGUGUGAUCGGGGAGCCGGUGGGACUGGAGACAGCCGGCCGUUCUGGGAGCCAGCUCCUGGAGAUGUUUAACAUAGGCCAGCAACAGAUCUUCAGGCCCUCUGAGGAGGAAGGAGAGGAAGAGGACUUAGAGAAUGAAAUCCCUUCUCAAGUAUCAGGAGGCUGCUCUGGGCCUAAAGAGGAACACAAGGGUGGAUCGAGAAUGGGGAGCUUCAGAGGGGAGGUGGUCACCAAAAAGGACUCUGUUCAGGGGACAGGAGGGCUGGUCAUCACCAAGGACUGCCCUCCUUCAAUCAUAGCACCCCGGGCCUCUCCGGUGCACACAUGUGUUUACGCCUCUUCAUCUCAGGUGGCACCGGCUACACCUACAGAAGCUGAGGACUCCACGCAGUUUGGUUUUGGACCCUUUGAGCUGCCGCCUCAGUGGCUACCAGAGACCAGGAACAGCAAGAAGAGGCUGCUGCCUCCGCUGGGCAACACACCCGAGGAGCUGAUCCAGACCAAACUGCCACGGCCGCGGCCUGAGCGGAGAAUCAGCAGGAACAACAAGGUCAGCACCAUCCCUACUGUGGACCCGUGAAUUACUCCUGCUGGCCUCUGAUCUGUGACACCGGACACGGCUCAGUACAGAGCAGGUCGAGCAUGCCAUGGCAGGAUAUUGAUGUGUGGAGCUUCUCAGUGAGACGCCUGGUUUCUUUUAGUUAAUUUAAACCCUUUUCUCCAAAUUUCUUAUUGUAGAAGUCCAGUUUUUUUACUUUACUGCACAGAAGUAAAUGCCUGAGGCGCUGCAGUUUUCUUACCGAAUGAGAAUCAAUUUGAUAUUAAAUAUUUACAAUACUGUGAGAAAUGUGUCUGCUCAGUCCAACUUCACGACUCGGACUGAUUCCUUGAUUAAAGACUCCUGCAAAGGCUGCAUGAUUAUUGAGAAGGCUAUUUGAGUCUCCCUGUUUUGAUUAGAGCCGGCAUUGGUAGUUAAAUGAACACACUGUACAAAUCCAAUUACCCCGAAAGAUGCACUGAUACUGAAUAAUAUUUCCAUAGCAAGUAAUCAAGCAAGGAUAUUGAACCUCUAACAUUUUGUAAAAUGGUUAUGCUGUGAUUGCACUCUGUAAAUGAAAACAUCUCAGUGUCGGUACUUUUACGUAACCCUUUGGGGGGCUGUUUUUUGUAACCAUGUUUUACUUCACUUUUUGGGAUUAACUCGCCCUUUGCGGGCCUUUUUGUCUGACUUCUGGAAUAUUUCUUCUAAUGUGGUAGAUGUUGUCAUUUGUACUUUAAAUGUGAGUGGAUUUG